UGAGGUGAUACCAACAGCAGCAAGACUAAAGGCUCAAAGCAAACCUGUCAAAAUACAAGAUGAAAACCAUUCUCGCCAUUGCUCUUGUGCUCCUGGCUCUCUAUCUGGUCUCUGAAGCCCAUGCCGUCCAAGUCAAAGUACAGGAGGGCGACUUUGUUUUCUCACUGGAAUCAGUGAAGAAGCUCCAAAAACUGACAGAGAGCAGCAGUGUAAACGAGAAGCAGAAUCCUCAUCUCGCCAGCACCAGCUUUGCUUCCGUCUGUGCUAACCCCUCCCUGCCACAGGAGUUCAUGCCGCUGUGCAUGCAGAGAGGGGCCAGCAUGUCUCUCUCAAGACUAGCUGCUAUGCCUAUAGACAUUUGUGAGAUCUGUGCCUUUGUUGCCUGCACAGGCUGUUAGGCAAGAUAUCAACCUGACUGCCAGCAGAAGACAAGCCACCCACAUGAUCAUUCUGAAUAUUGUGACAACAAUGUGGAUUUCAUGUAUACAAAUUGCCAUCCUCACACAUGAUUGGCCCA